AACGCGAAGAGAGCUGAGGGAGGGGGAGGCUGAACGGGAGAGAAGCAGGAAGUAGCGGCGGUCGCGGGGAGGGCGGCGGCGGCGGCAGUGGCCGGAGUAGGGGAGAGACCGUCGGGUCUCGGCCCUCACUGGGAGCGGAACAGCAGGUCUGGGACCUGUUGCCAUGGGGGACAUGAAGACCCCUGAUUUUGACGACCUCCUUGCUGCCUUUGACAUCCCUGACAUUGAUGCAAAUGAAGCCAUCCACUCUGGACCAGAAGAAAAUGAGGGGCCAGGAGGCUCAGGGAAGCCAGAACCCAGUGUAGGGGGUGAAUCUAGAGAAGCAACAACAGCAACUGCCGGAGAUGGUCCAGGGGUUCCUGCCCAGGCCUCUGACCAUGGCCAGCCACCAUCAGACAUCUCAGCAGUCAGCGUCAUUGUCAAGAACACUGUGUGUCCUGAGCAGUCGGAGUCCCUGGCUGGGAAUUCUGGAGGCGAAGGGGCCCGGGCCGGGGGAAUGACUAAGGAAGGACCUAUGGGACCUCGUCUGAUGCAGAAUGGUUUUGGGGGCCCUGAGCCAUCCCUCCCAGGAACCCCUCACUCUCCAGCUCCUCCUCCCAGUGGGGGUACCUGGAAAGAAAAAUCCCUGGAAGGCAAAGCUCCCCUGGAUCUCUUUGCUCAUUUUGGGCCUGAGCCAGGAGAACACCCUGAUCCCCUGCCUCCCUCUGCACCCUCCCCGCCUCGGGAAGGGGCCAUGACCCCACCUCCUUUCCCUUCUCCCUUUGAGCUGGCACGGGAGAAUGGCCCAGCCCUGCUGCCUCCCACUUCUCCACCCCUGGGGGCCUUGAAGCAGGAGAGCUGCAGCAGCCCUCUUCGUCCCCAGAGCCUAGCCCGGCCAGGCUCAGUCUCUAGCCCUGAGGCCGCAGGCGUCCCUGCCAGCGUCUCACCUCCCCGGGUUGCUGGGGUGCCCUUCUUCAAGCAGUCUCCAGGGCACCAGAGCCCACUUGCCUCCCCUAAACUACCCAGCUGUCAGCCCCUAAAGGAAGAAGAGGAUGAGCGGCCAGUGGACAAGUCUCCCCCAGGAAGUCCUCAGAGUCCCUCUAGUGGAGCUGAGGCUGCAGAUGAAGACAGCAAUGACUCCCCUGCCUCCUCCAGCUCCUCUAGGCCCCUCAAGGUGCGGAUCAAGACCAUUAAGACAUCCUGCGGGAAUAUCACAAGGACUGUAACCCGGGUCCCCUCAGACCCUGAUCCUCCAGCUCCCUUGGCCGAGGGGGGCUUCCUGGCGGAGACUAGCCUCCUGAAGCUGUCCCCUGCAACGCCGACCCCUGAGGGUCCAAAGGUGGUGAGUGUCCAGCUGGGUGAUGGCACGAGGCUCAAGGGCACUGUGCUGCCUGUGGCCACCAUCCAGAAUGCAAGUACUGCCAUGCUGAUGGCAGCCAGCGUGGCCCGCAAAGCGGUGGUUCUGCCCGGGGGCACUGCCACCAGCCCAAAAACAAUGGCUAAGAAUGUGCUGGGUCUGGUACCGCAAGCCUUGCCCAAGGCCGACGGGCGGCCAGGGCUGGGGACAGGAGGGCAGAAGGUGAAUGGUGCCUCGGUGGUGAUGGUGCAGCCUUCUAAGCCGGCCACCGGGCCAGGGGCAGCAGGCGGCACGGUGAUCUCACGGACCCAGUCCAGCCUGGUGGAGGCCUUCAACAAGAUCCUCAACAGCAAGAACCUGCUGCCUGCCUACCGGCCGAACCUGAGUCCGCCGGCCGAGGCCGGCCUGGCCCUGCCGCCCACAGGCUACCGCUGCCUCGAGUGUGGGGACGCCUUCUCCUUGGAGAAGAGCCUGGCACGCCACUACGACCGCCGGAGCAUGCGCAUCGAGGUCACGUGCAACCACUGCGCCCGCCGCCUGGUUUUCUUCAACAAGUGCAGCCUCUUGCUGCACGCCCGCGAGCACAAGGACAAGGGGCUCGUCAUGCAGUGCUCGCACCUGGUCAUGAGGCCGGUGGCCCUUGACCAGAUGGUGGGUCAGCCGGACAUCACGCCCCUGCUGGCGGUCCCACCUGCCCUCGGACCUCCAGCCUUGCCUGCCUUGGGCAAGGGUGACGGGGCCGUCACCUCAGUCGCCGUUACUGCAGUUGCUGCUGAGGCCCCUGUGCUGCCACUCUCCUCCGAGCCGCCUGCUGCCCCGGCCACCUCUGCUUACACGUGCUUCCGCUGCCUGGAGUGCAAGGAGCAGUGCCGGGACAAGGCUGGUAUGGCCGCCCACUUCCAGCAGCUCGGACCACCUGCCCCUGGGGCCACCAGCAAUGUGUGCCCAACCUGCCCCAUGAUGCUCCCCAAUCGCUGCAGCUUCGGCGCACACCAGCGCAUGCAUAAGAACCGACCUCCCCACGUCUGCCCUGAGUGUGGGGGCAACUUUCUGCAAGCCAACUUUCAGACCCACCUCCGGGAGGCCUGUCUGCAUUUCUCUCGCCGCGUAGGAUACAGGUGCCCCAGCUGUGCCGUGGUGUUUGGGGGUGUGAACUCCAUCAAGUCCCACAUCCAGACGUCACACUGCGAGGUUUUCCACAAGUGCCCCAUCUGCCCCAUGGCCUUCAAGUCUGCACCCAGCGCCCACGCCCACCUGUACACCCAGCAUCCCAGCUUCCACACGCAGCAGGCCAAGAUGAUCUACAAGUGCGCCAUGUGUGACACGGUCUUCACUCACAAACCCCUCCUCUCCUCACACUUCGACCAGCACUUGCUGCCCCAGCGUGUCAGCGUCUUUAAGUGCCCAUCGUGUCCUUUGCUUUUUGCCCAAAAAAGGACCAUGCUGGAACAUCUCAAGAACACCCAUCAGUCUGGGCGUGCAGGGGAGGAGACUGCUGGGAAAGGGGCUGGGGGUGCCCUCUUGACCCCCAAGACUGAGCCUGAGGAGCUGUCUGUGUCUCGGGGAGGAGCAGCUGCUCCUACUGAGGAAUCGUCUUCAUCCUCUGAAGAGGAAGAGCUGCCCAGCUCCCCCGAACCCCCUCGCCCAACCAAACGGACCCGACGAGAGCUGGGGAGCAAAGGCAUCAAGGGUGGGGGCGGGGGCUCUGGAGGCUGGACCUGUGGCCUUUGUCACUCCUGGUUCCCUGAGCGUGACGAGUAUGUGGGCCACAUGAAGAAGGAGCAUGGCAAGUCGGUGAAAAAGUUUCCCUGUCGCCUCUGCGAGCGCUCCUUCUGUUCCGCCCCCAGCCUGCGGCGCCACGUCAGAGUCAAUCACGAGGGUAUCAAGCGAGUUUACCCAUGCAGGUAUUGCACGGAGGGAAAGCGCACCUUCAGCAGCCGCCUGAUCCUGGAGAAGCACGUCCAGGUCCGGCACGGCCUGCCGCUCGGGGCCCAGUCCCCUGGCCGGGGGAGCACCCUGGUUCGGGGCCCCGGUGCCAGAGCCCAGGGGCCGGGACGGAAACGCCGCCAGUCGUCUGACUCCUGCAGCGAGGAGCCUGACAGCACGACACCUCCAGCCAAGUCCCCCAGGGGUGGACCUGGGUCGGGAGGCCACGGACCCCUGCGCUACCGGAGCAGUGGCUCAGUGGAGCCGAGCCUCAUGGUGGGGUUGAGGGUAGAUGGCGGUGCCCAGCAGUGCCUCGACUGUGGCUUGUGCUUUGCGUCCCCUGGCUCCCUGAGCCGGCACCGUUUCAUCAGCCACAAGAAGAAGCGGGGUGUGAGUAGUGCCAGUGCCCUGGGCCUGGGGGAUGGGGAGGAAGAGGCCCCCCCACCUUCCAGGUCUGACCCAGAAGGUGGAGAUUCACCCUCGCCUGCUUCUGGAGGCCCACUGACCUGUAAGGUCUGUGGCAAGAGCUGCGACAGUCCACUCAACCUCAAGACCCAUUUCCGCACACACGGCAUGGCGUUUAUCAGGGCUCGGCAAGGGGGCAGUGGGGACAACUAGGGUUCAGGCCAGACUGACUAGUUAGCCCCCUCCUUCUUCCCCGGGAGCCUGGGUCACUGCUGCUGCCUGGUCCCUGGGCCGGGGAGGUCCAUUCGGGUUCAUGGUUGGUUCAGUUCCUCGCCCCGGGCCCCCAGGGACAACAAGCUUUUGAGGAUGGUAGUUGUUUGCAGUCCCCCUUGGGUCUGGCCCUUGGGUCCUAGUAGAGUGGGCCUUCCAUUUCUCCUUUCUGAGCCCAACACUAAUUAUUCUCUUGCUGCAGCCCCCGCCCCCCCCCCUCGUGGGAUGGGGGGCAGGAAGGCUCAAUGCGGGGGCACGCUCCUCAGCCCCUGUGGCCACAGAUGGCAGCCCUGGCUCUGCCCUCGUGCCCCCUCAGACUCCCUGGCACUCAAGCCCCCCAUCCCUGCAGUGCCUUUCACUUGUCUUUUUUUUUUCCCCAGAAAUCCAGGGGGGGGUUGGUGGGGACGAGUCCUGUCAAGGGGGUCCCAGGGAGAGGAGGGGACAGGCUCUCAGGAAUCCCUUAUUGUUGUAGUAAUAAUACUAACCGUGGGGGAAAGGGGAGGGAGAAAACCAGACUAUUAAAACUGCUUGUGGUUUAA